GUAAUGGUGUGCGCAGCGGUAGGUGUGGUGUGAUGGAUCACUUUUGUCUCGUGCGCUGCCUUUACCAAGUGGAAGGGGCCAGUGGCUCGUGGGUUCAGCCACCCCGCCUAACAGCGAGCUCUGGCUUGAUUUCACCUUGGAGGUAAAUAAAUGUUGGCGCUGGAAGCCAUCGCAUCGAGGUGCGACGCGGAUGACUGUCGGUGCCUUCUAACAAUAGGCGGCUGCUGCUGGAGGUCCUUGCGACGAGGACGACGAGCUGCGAGGUGUACAGUGACAAGCACCUCGGUUGUGUAACGAUCCUCAGCGCUCUACUGCGGCGAACGACACGUUGGCGCGGGGCUCACGCGUCCCAUCCUUGCCUGGGGGGAGCUCUGCAUGGGAUGCGCCGGAAUAUUCCUUUGUUUGUAAGUUACAGCAGGGGAAGAGGCUGCAGUGAGCAGACGCGCGCGGGUUGGGCAGCGCUGUUCCCGAGGCUCGUGGGCAUCCGGGCGGCCGGGCACGCGCCGCACUCCACGCGCAGAGCCGCAGAGCACACGUCGUCGGGCUCCUGGCAGCCCCUGCAGCCCCUGCAGCCCCGCAGCCGCUCGACACAAAGGAGCUCCGAGGAGGACGUCGCUUGACGCAGCAGCGGACACACGCCGAUUCAGCGGGCGCACAAUUCUCUUCUUCGUUUCAAAUCGAGCCGUCGAGAUGAAAUUUCCAACGGAGACCCCAAGGAAACCUGGGAACUUGAACCCUCCGCCAGUUCCAGUUCAAACCAACAUGACACCGAAGAAGAUUCAGCCAGGGAUGCUGCAAUCCAGCCUGGUCCAGGCCAGCGUGGCCACCAUGCAGAACCCAAUGGGCUGCGAGAUCAAGCCCAACGGUCACUGCCCCCUGCCUAGGCUGUCAGUGUGCUCACGGGGGGCAGCCAUGGUGGCCAGCAUGGAUAAUGGUGCGUCAACAAUCCACACUGUCAUGAAAUGGAAGACGGUGCUAGCUAUCUUCGUUGUGGUGGUAGCCUACCUUGUGGUGGGUGGCCUUGUGUUCCGGGCCCUAGAGCAACCCUUCGAGAGCAACCAAAAGGACACCAUCACACAGGAGAAGGCUGUGUUCUUGCAGAAACACCCCUGUGUGACGAGAGAUGAGCUGGAGGCACUCAUCAAGCACUCCAUAGAUGCGGUCAAUGCAGGUGUGAGCCCCAUUGGAGACACAUCCUACAACUCCAGUCAUUGGGACCUUGGGAGCGCCUUCUUUUUUGCAGGAACAGUGAUCACCACAAUCGGGUAUGGAAACAUUGCCCCCAGCACAGAAGGAGGAAAGAUUUUCUGUAUCCUCUAUGCCAUAUUUGGGAUUCCUCUGUUUGGGUUCCUCUUGGCUGGUGUUGGCGAUCAGCUCGGGACUAUAUUUGUGAAGAGCAUUGCGAAGGUAGAGAAGAUGUUCCGGCGCAAACACAAGCAGAUCAGCCAAACCAAGAUUAGGGUCAUCUCCACCAUCCUCUUCAUUCUUGCUGGGUGCAUCGUUUUUGUCACAAUCCCUGCCAUCAUCUUUAAACACAUUGAAGGCUGGACAGCACUGGAUGCAAUAUACUUUGUGGUUAUCACCCUGACAACCGUUGGCAUUGGCGACUACGUGGCAGGUGGAGAUCGGAAAAUUGAAUACAAGAAGUGGUAUAAGCCCCUGGUCUGGUUUUGGAUCCUUGUGGGCCUGGCUUAUUUUGCUGCAGUCCUGAGCAUGAUUGGUGACUGGCUGAGAGUGCUAUCCAAGAAGACAAAGGAGGAGGUUGGAGAGAUCAAGGCCCAUGCGGCAGAGUGGAAGGCCAAUGUGCGUGCUGAGUUCCGCGAGACUCGGAGGCGGCUGAGUGUGGAGGUGCACGACAAGCUGCAGCGGGCAGCCACCAUCCGAAGUAUGGAGCGCCGCCAGCUGGGCCUGGACCAACGGGCCCAGUCGUUGGAUGUGCUCUCGCCAGAAAAGCGGGCAGCCUUCAACAGCCUGGAUGCCGACCGCUUCAAGGCCACCUCUCAGGAGAGCAUUGACUCGAAGCUGAACAACCUGCGCAUGCGAGCUGAGCAUUUCGAGAAGGGUGAGCAGGCUGCCUCCGAGGACAACAUCUUCAACCGCCUGGGGUCCGUUACCAAGCUAGCCAAGCGCAACAAAAACAAAGAUCUGAAGAAGAACAUCCCUGAGGACAUUCGCAAAAUGUUUGACGCCUUUGGCUGCACUCCCCUAGCAGGUGAGGAGAAGAAGGAAGAGGAGGAGGCUAGCGAGAAGGAGUUCAACACCAGUUUAACAAAUUUGCCCCAGUAUGCAGAGAGCUCCAAGCUCCAGAAUGGGUUCCCACCAACUCUGACCAAAGACAAGGGGGAUGAAGGAAAACUUGAAGACAAAGAAAUGCAGACACAGACAAGCCCUUAAAAGGAGGCCGGUGACUAGAUGAAAGAUAUUUGAAAUGACCUUAUCAUGUGCCUUAAAUUGUUCCGUUUCAUAUAGAGAGAUGUGGAACUGGCCACCUUCUCCCGUAUGCUACUAACUGUUCACUGUGCCCUAAUGGUGGUUUUAUUUGCCAAAAAAAGAAAUCUGAAUUAGCUGUGUGAGAAGCUACAACGUCAACACAAUGUCUUACAAAAGAAGUACUUGAGAACUAUCAAAACUACAGUGUUUUUAUUUUAGCAAAUGAUUGCAAGGAAGAAUUAGUGGAAUGCUAAAUGUACCACAACAGUAACGUGCUGUAGCAAAUCAGUUUGACGUUACCUAUGGGCCUGUGACCUACACUCGUGUUUUAUAAUCAAAAUCUCCACUGAGUCAGUAUCGAUCCUGAUAUUGUGUCCUGUAGAGUAACGGGUGGAACAGAGAACAAAGCUGCGGAAUAAAGCAAACAGGCGAUUUUCAUGACAAAGGGAUGCAAAUACGGAACCAAAAGACUUCUUGUCAUUCAGUAUCUUCGUAGAUCUAUCCCGUGAUUAACAUGCUUAAGCACCCUGAACUUGAACUUAAAAACAACAAUCCUUUGUUUCUGCAUGGUCUUGGAGCAAAUAUGUUGUCCUAUGGAGUACAGUGUAUUCAAAAGCUUCGAGUUCAUGAUCACAAAGAUGAUAUCUCAGGGCUUGUUGUCCUACUGUUGUUGUUGAAAUAUAAUUGUUCAAUGUGCGCUGCAUUCACACUGUCAAGAGGGGAUGAGUCUCAGUUCAGCUUCAUCAGGGUUCCAGCAUUCUAAACGGAAUAGAGCAUGGACCGUUGGCCAAAGUGUGGGCAAUUAGGCUUUCUCUUGCUUCAUUACGAGCCUUUUUCCUGGGUUUUAGAGAUGGUGAUUGGUGCAUUACCUGGAACACGCACGCGUUUAUCUGUGUGUGUGUGUGUGUGUGUGUGUGUGUGUGUGUGUGUGUGUGUGGUGGCGUAGUUAUGUGUUUUCAUAUUUGAGCACUUCAGUGUCUCUUUUAAACCAGCUGUGCAUAUUGCAAUCACAAAAUGCCACUUGUUCUGUGAAGAUGGA